ACGAGACUUCACUGGACUAGACAGCAGCCUGUCCACUCUCCUGCUUCCUGUACAUCAGCUGUUGACUCACACACACAGCAAACAGGGAGUUCUGACGACAGGGGCCCAUCUGAUGUGAAAGGGGCGUGGUCUAGCAGCAAGGAAAACACAGCCGGCUCCGACCGGGACCAUCCAUCACACGACAGCCCAGCCGGCCAAUCAACAAGCCAAUCAGAGCAGUCGGCUCCUCCAGAGGCCAGAGGAGAGAGCCAAUCACAGCAGCCAGAGCAGAGUGGGAGGGGCCAAGACUCUGAAGCAGAAAAGCAAUCUGCCGACCAGGAGGUCUGGUGUGUGUUCCCCAGGACUCGUUCUCGUCCCCCUAAACCCCCCAGUAUGCCCACGUUACCAGAGGAGGAGGAGGACUCACCUGACUCCACACACAGCUCCCCCACAUCAUAUACUCCUCUUCAGAGUAAAGGGGUCAAGGUUGCCAUGGCAACUCCCUCCAUCGUUCUCCCCCAGAUGUCAGCCAGCGUCCCCCCGAACCCUCGACCCGUGGAGCACACACGGUCCCAUAGUCCCCGCCCACGACUGGCCCGAAACUCCGCCUCUGGUCCCAUCACGACUGGAGAUGGUGUGUAUGACCUGCUAAAGGAUGACCUUCCGGAGCCUCCUCUGUCCAGUGAGGAGCGCCAGCGUAACCUGCAGCUGCUGGAGGAGGCCAAGAGGGUGUCAGACCGCUUCCUGACCAGGAGGGGGCGCCGCUCAACAUGCAGCCUCUCAGACUCACCCACAGGACUGUCUCCAAACCCCACCCCCGGCUCCUCCCCCGUUCCAUCCAGAAGCAGCUCAACUACUGGCCCGCCCCCUCUAGAGUCAAACCUCUCCACUCCAAACAGCAGCCAGCUGCUGGAGGUGCCUGCUGUCGUUCAGGAAAAGAGUGAAGCUGAGAAGGUGGACAUUGAGGUCUUGCGGGGUGUUGAGUGGCGUCCGAGCGAUAAGCGGAAGGUUUCCUCCGGAACUCUCUCCCCUCGCGGAGCUCCGCCCAGCGUGCUGAAGAAGCCCGCCCCCUCGUCUCCCGUGGCAACCGCCGAGGACGGAAACCCCGCCCCCUCACCAAAUACGGGCGUCGCCAAACCAGUGCCACGCCCACCCACCCAACAGGCGCCGUGCACUGCGGAGAUCAAGACGUUGGGGGCGUUUCCCCCGCUCAUGAGGGCCGUCUCCUGGGAUACCGUGGGAACCAUAGGCCCCUCCCACCCGGGGGAGGAGUCAACGCAGCCCCUCCCCCCCUACAACAAGAUGCCACACACUGGCUACAAGGACUUCCCUGUGGCCCCAGUCAACAUGCACAAGCUGUCCAAACUCAGAGAGGAGCAUAAGCUGAUGAGGGGCAACAGCAUCUCGUCCUCCAAGCUUCCGGAACUCUCAGAGACGGCCGAACAGGACAGAGGCCCCUCCCCAAGCCACGCCCCUGACUCUCCUGAGGAGGCGGAGUCUAAAGAGAAGCCAGAUGUGUUGCCGAGCAUCUCCGACGUCAUGCUGAGAAAACUCAAACUGCACAGAGCCAUACCGGGAUGCACGCCAUCUCUGUCGGAGAAAGAGGUUGAGAAUGCCUUCGUGCAGCUCUCCUUGGCGUAUCGUAACGACAGCUACACUCUGGAGACGCGACUGAAGCAGGCGGAGCGCGAACGGAACCUGACGGAGGACAACACCGAGAAGGAACUAGACGACUUCAAGACAUCACUCAAAGGCACUACAUCUCUGUGGUGUAGUGUGGAGCAGCGGGAGUGGUACCAGCGCCUCCUGGAGACCAUCGCGGUAUUGCAGCGUCUGGCCGUGCGACUCUCCAGCAGAGCAGAGAUGGUGGGAGCAGUACGACAGGAGAAGCGCAUGACGAAGGCUACUGAGGUGAUGAUGCAAUACGUCGAGAAUCUGAAGCGCACCUACGAGAAGGACCACGCCGAGCUCAUGGAGUUUAAAAAGCUGGCCAACCAGAACAGCAACCGGUGUUACACAGGGAGCAUGGACACCACAGGGGAUGAUGGAAUCCCUCGUACUUCCCGCUCCAUGUCUGUUACCCUGGGAAAGGCGAUGCCCCGUAGGAGGGUGAGUGUUGCCGUGGUUCCCAAGUUCAACCUGCUGACCAUUCCUGGCCAAUCAGGGGCCACCUCAACAGCUCCCAGCCAACCAGCAGCCGGCACCGCAGCAGCUCCCGGCCAAUCAACAGCCCCCACACAGGGCCUCAACCCCGCCCUCCCCAUCCUGUGCGAAGCGAACGUGAGGAUGGCGCCUCCGAAUGAUGCUGCUAUGCAGACUCAAGCAGACAGUGGUAAGGCUGCAGAGUGCGAUGCUGCUAAGGCCGCCAACUCGGAGGAAAUCCAAUCACAGCUGAAGGCCAAAAUAGAGGAGGAGGCCUUCAAGAAGGGGUAUGAGGAGGGUCUGAAAAGGAGCAAAGAGAAACUGGAGGAGGAGAAGAAAAGAGCGGAGGAAGAGAAAGAGAAGGAGAGAGAGAAGGAGA